AAGUCCCUGUAGAGAAGUAGGAAGCCCAGGUACACUUCCUGUACAGGAGAAUAAUGUCCUCUGGCUGCAGGCUCUUCCUUUUCUCUGAUGACUCUGUGGAGGUUCAGUAUGGAGGUGAAGGGAGGCUCUGCCUGUCACCCUGCGGCACUGAGUUCCUGUGUAAGAAGCCUCUGCUUGGAGCUCACCCUGUACAGAAGCCAGAGAGGGGGAGACACAGGACUGAGUUUGUGACAAGCAGCUGCCGGGAUCAAGUUCUUCAGGCCCUGAACUUUCGCAACACUUUUUCUAGCCGUCCUUUUCUGCCAUCAAGUCUCAUCCCUGCGGAGAAAAGAACUAGCCUUAUGAAGGAUAUAUCUGAAGUCACAUGGCCCUCUGUGGAUGAUGACGCCGGGUGUGUGACACGUCUUGAAGAUGGCGGUGUAAAGGUUUCCUCGGUAGAUGGACAUGCCCAUUUAUACAUGCCCAUCUCUCAGCAGGAGUUCACAGUGGAGUUUUUAUGUCAGCUCAGCUGUAUCUCCACAUCACAGAACAAAGAGAACCCAGUGGGCAGUGAACUGAACCCAAGUGAUAAAACUAGAGACAGUAGAAUAUGGAAAUAUUCCUCCUGUGUGCUGCAAGAAGACUCCCAAUCAUGUGUGACAAAGCACGCCUUCCAGUAUACAUGGCUAGUGCAGCGCUAUUCUACAGUGGCAUGUCCGCUGUCAUUCCACCAACCCAUGAACUUGGCUCUUCAUUUCCACACACAGUCCACACAAAGCGAUACAGAGCGAUCCCCAGAUAUUUGUACGGUUAUUGAUGACGAUGAUGAUGAGUGCUCAAAACAUCUCAGGAAAGGAGCUUCAUCUCUUUUACCACGAGCCCUGCCUCUCAGCUGUCCUGCACCACACCUGCACAGAUGGAAUUUUUCUAAUUUCACUUUGGAACAAGAAGAUUUUCUGACCGCUCAUCCUCUGCCUUUAAAAGUGAUGAUUCACAAUGGUGUCCUUUACAGGUUCAAUAUGGAUGGCACUCUUUCAGUGGAAAUAUACCCAGGAGAUGGAUCUGUUUUCCGUUCUGAGGCCGAGCACCUCGGAAAAUAUUUCAAGCAUUACUUCUUUAAUAAAGAAAUAGGACAGGUAGAAGACCGGCUGUAUACUCUCAGAGACCUGCCUCCAGACAAGCCGAGAGCUUUGUAUUCAGUCCGUUCCAUCUUAUCUCAAGCCAAAAGGUUUCUGGAACUCUGUUGCAGUAAGAAGCUUAGUCUGAACUCCCUUUCCCACUCCUGCUGCUGGAAGAUGAAUUCUGGGGCAGAUACUGGCGUCACAAUGCCUAUUCUGCUGGAACAAUGUUUCAUGCCGGACAAAGGAAAGUUUGCUGUUUAUUCUGACAAUCUGGUUCUUGGCAACUUCUUGGAUGGUCUCAUUUUAUUCAUGAUCUGGGACUUUACUAAUUUUAAUAAGGAGCAAGAGCUGCAAGACAGCAUGAAUGUGUCUCCCUUAUCCUUGGUUCAUAAACACAUUCAUCUCGGAUGGUGCAGAUUGCAGUUUCCAAAUGGUGCAUCAAAACUGGUUGAACUGGAGAGUCCUGGAGAGUAUGCAAGCUACAUCAGACCUGCAGUAGCCUGGUGCCGAAGUCUGGAUGACAGAUCUCAGAGGAGAAUACCAGCUCCGGUUGUUACUGAAAAUUGGUCUGUGGAAGGUGAGCUCCGGAAAAUUCGGAGGUUUCAAUUCCUUCUAGAGAAUGGGAGCACAGAGAGCCACGGAGCUGAUGUAAAACUCUCCAGCCAGCCCAGCAGUGAUGACAGCCUGCGGCAGACAAUGGGUGACAUGAAUAUACAUUCAAUUUUGGAAAAGACGUCAAAGGCCAUAAAAGACAUUGACAUACUGCUUUCCUCCAGAAAGUAAUAUCUGCUGCACAUAAAUAAAGAUAUAUAAAGAAUUUUCAUACUGUGUACGGCUGGCAGUGGUCCGACAUAAAUUGUGACUGUCAUACAGCAAAGAGAAGCCUGGACUAGAUGGCAGUGUGCCCCUCUCUGGUGAUGAACUGAAGGUUUGUGGCCUCUUCUCUUAAUACAAUCCUUUCCAAAUGAA